CGAAUAUGACUUGAGAAAAUUUAUGGGAUUGGACCGGGCGACCGGUCUACAAUGGUUAGCUUUCGUUUAUUGAACUCCUGAUGUACAGAUUUAUCACGGGCUUGCUCUAAUGGGCUGGUUUAGUUUGUUUCGGCCACAGAAUUUUGUAGAAGAGAGGAAAAGAGAACAAAAGGGAUAACAAACAAAUUUCCUGAAGGAAAAGUUCGGCGUGGGGCGGGGAUGUUUACAAUGGCGCGGUGACAGCAUAAACGUUCAUAAAUCAUAGAUCUCUUCAUUUCCAAAAAAACCCUAAAAAAGAAAGAAAAAAAGAAAGCUAUUACAAGACUUGAAAGAAGAAGAUGGAAGACGAAGUAGAGAGGCGACAGAUCGAACAGAUUCUGGAGCUCGAUCAAGAAGAGUUACAGAUCGAAGAAGUCGAAGGUUUUCUCGAAUCAUCCGAUGACGAUCGUGAUACUAAUGGCGUUGCUUCAACUGAAGACUUUACCUUCAAUACCAAUUUGACUUCCCUACAUUCAUAUCUCGGCGAGGUUGAUGAUACGCGCCACAGAUCUGCUUUUUGGGAAGGUGGUGCUAUCUUGAACAUCCCAUUGUUCUAUCUUGAAGGGGUAGUCCUGUUCCCAGAGGCAACACUCCCUCUUAGAGUUAUUCAACCCAGAUUUAUAGCUGCAGUUAACAGAGCAAUGAACCAGGCUGAUGCUCCAUACACCAUGGGUGUGGUCCGUGUUUAUAGAGACUCUGAUAAUGGACCAUUAAGGCUAGCAAAAAUAGGGACAACUGCAGAGAUUCGACAAUAUCGUCCGGUAGAGGAUGGUACAAUUAAUGUGGUUACUCGUGGUCAACAGCGGUUUCAUUUGAGACGCCGUUGGAUUGAUGUGGAAGGAGCACCUUGUGGAGAGAUUCAAAUUAUUGAAGAAGAUGUGCCAUUUAGAACCCCGCGAGAUGCAUAUGCAAAAUUGGCACCAUUAAGUAAUCUGCGAAGUCAACAGAUGCCAUCUUUAAAUGCUUCAUCACUUGGAGGUGGGAAUGAGGAAAAUGAUUCAGAAGCAAAUUCAGAGGAAAGCUUUGAGAGUGAACUUUCUCAAACAGAAAGGAGAAUUCAUCAAGCUGCAAUUGGUUCUUCUUAUGAGUCUGAUAGGACGGAUGAGUCAUUAAGUAGUAAUGAUGACGAUAAAUUGUCUGAGUCAGAUGACCAAUCAGAAAGUCCAUGUCUAAAUGACUCUAGCUUCAUACUCUCAUCACCUUCUAACCAUGAAAAACAAAUCAGAAAUGCUGGCUUGGGAAUUGGGACCAAAUCCAUGGCUCGCAAAGUGUCACGACCAAGGUCUCAUCCUUCACGUACAGUUUCAAGAGCAUUCUGGCCCUAUUGGGUAUAUCAAAUGUAUGACUCAUAUUGUCUUGCUCAAAAGGCAGCAGAUUUGUGGAAACAAAUUGUUGGGAAGCCUAGCAUGGAUGGCUUUGUGAAGAAGCCUGAUCUUUUAUCUUUUUAUAUUGCAAGUAAAAUUCCCAUCUCUGAACCCACAAGGCAGGAGCUUCUGGAAAUUGAUGUCAUUUCAUGUAGACUGCGCCGGGAAAUUGAGUUACUUGAAAGACUUGAUCGUAUUCAAUGUAGGAUAUGUCAGACUGUAAUUGCUAGGCGCAGUGAUAUGUUGGUGAUGUCUAGUGAUGGUCCUCUGGGUGCUUAUGUUAACGCAUAUGGCACUGUGCAUGAGGUAAUGACUUUUUGUAAAGCAAAUGGCUUAGCACUCAUAGGCUUGCCGGAUAAAGAGUACAGCUGGUUUCCUGGGUAUGCGUGGACAAUCAUAAAUUGUGCAUCUUGUGAAAACCAUAUGGGGUGGCUUUUUACUGCUACAAAUGACAAGUUGAAGCCUAAAUCUUUCUGGGGUAUAAGGAGUUGUCAAGUUACUGAUGAAAUGCGUUAAAACUUAAAAACCAUAUGUUCUCAAGUACGCUCUAAAUCAUUUCUCUAGUUAAUAUGUGACCCGACUAUUAGAGCUUAUAUUGUGUAUAUAACUUUGGAGCACUAUCUCUUAUGACAUGUAGCCUUCAUCAAUGAAAAGAUCAGCGUUCAUGCUGCUAUUUU